AUGGCGCUGGAGCGGGCGCUGCUGGCGGCGCGGCAGGGCGACGUGGAGGCGCUGCGGGGGCUGCGGGCGGCCGGGCUGCUGCGGCCGGGGCUGCGGGACGCCCUGGGGGCCUCCCCCGCGCACCACGCCGCCCGCGCCGGCCGCCUCGCCUGCCUCCGGUACCUGGCGGCCGAGGCCGCGCUCCGCGGGGACGCGCGGGCGCGCAACGGGGCCACGCCGGCCCACGACGCCGCCGCCACCGGCAACCUCGCCUGUCUCCAGUGGCUGCUCACGCAGGGGGGGUGCCGACGGCCGCCCCGCUUCCUCCCGCAGGACACAGACAACUCCGGUGCCACCAUCCUACACCUGGCAGCCCGCUUCGGUCACCACGAGGUGAUCGACUGGCUCCUCCGCUUCGGGGGCAGCGACCCCACAGCGGCCACCAACACGGGCGCGCUGCCCGUCCACUACGCCGCGGCCAAAGGGGAUUUCCCAUCCCUGCGACUCCUCUUGGGACACUGCCCCAGCACGCUGAGUGCCCAGACCAAGACGGGGGCCACCCCGCUGUACCUCGCCUGCCAGGAGGGCCACCUGGAGAUCAUCCAGUACCUGGUGCAGGACUGCGGGGCCGACCCCCACGCGCGCGCCCACGACGGCAUGACCCCGCUGCACGCCGCCGCCCAGAUGGGCCACAACACCGUCAUCGUCUGGCUGAUGAGCUUCACGACGGUGAGCCUGUCGGAGCGGGAUGCCGAGGGGGCCACGGCCAUGCACUUCGCCGCCAGCCGCGGCCACGCCAAGGUGCUGAGCUGGCUGCUGCUGCACGGCGGGGAGAUCACCGCUGACGGCUGGGGCGGCACGCCGCUGCACGACGCCGCUGAGAACGGCGAGUUGGAGUGCUGCCAGAUCCUGGUGGUGAACGGCGCCGACCUCAGCGUCCGUGACCAGGACGGCUACACGGCGGCCGAUCUCGCCGACUACAACGGCCACGGCCACUGCGCCCAGUACCUGCGCACUGUGGAGAACAUGAGCAUGGAGCACCGCGUGCUGUCGCGAGACCCCUCGGCGGACGGGGAGUGCCGGCAGCCCGACUCGGGCAUGUCGUCGCCCAACACCACGGCAUCGGCGCCCCAGGCGCGCUUCGAGGUGGGCUCCCCUGCCAGCACCCUCUCCAACUACGACUCCUGCCACUCCAGCCAGUCCAGCACCGGGAGAAGAGGGGCGGCCCCCCGGGGGCCCCCGCCGCCCGUGAGGGUGCCCGAGCCGGCGCUGGCGGACAUGCAGGCGUACAUGGACAUGCUGGACCCCGAGACGCGGCCGCGGGGCCGGGGGCCGGCAGGCGAGGGCUCCCCCCCACCGCCGCCCCCCGCCUUCCCCCCGCCGCCGCCUCCGCCCCCCGCCGCCCGGCCGCCCCCGCCGCCCCCCGGCUACCCCGCGCCCGCGCCCCCCGGCCCCCACACCGCCGACAUCUACGUGCGGGCCAAGAACAACCUGCGGCACGUGGAGAGCCAGGCGCUGCGCCGAGAGCUGGCGUCGCGCGAGAGCAGCCCCGAGGGCCUGCGCAGGGCCGACUCCACCAGGCGGUCGAGGAAUUUCGGCAAGCAGCCGAGCACCGGCGACUACUACAAGCACCUGGGGCACGGCGUGGCCGAGCAGCCCGGCCCCCAGCGAAUGGCGCACAGCGAGGAGGCAUCGCCCAUCUCGGCAGACGCCAUGCGCAACGGGGAGAGCAAGCCCGGCACUGAGCUGCCGCCCCCGCCGCCGCCCCCGCCGCUGCCUGAUGCCGCCUGCCCGCCACCACCGCCGCCCCCGCUGGCCGAGACCCCCACCGGCCCUCGCCGCUCCUCCUCCUCCACGGGAAGAGGAAAGGCGCUCAGGCAGAUGAAGAGCACCAAGUCCUUCAACAUGAUGUCCCCCACCGGCGACAACUCGGAGCUGCUGGCCGAGAUCAAGGCCGGGAAGAGCCUCAAGCCGACGCCGCAGAGCAAAGGCUUCACCACCGUCUUCUCCGGCAGCGGCCAGGCAGGGGCCAACGCAGAGUCGCCGGCGUCCUCCCCGUCACCCACCAGGACGCCCACCCCGCCGGCCACCCCCGAGGCUGCCGGGCCGCCACGCUGCCUGGCAGGGGGCUCGCCAGAGCCGGUGCUGAACGGGAGCUCGCCGGUGCCGGCGGCGGGCGCUGGGGCGGCGGUGGAGGCGGAGGCGCUGGUGCCGAGCCACGACGAGCAGGGCCGGCCCAUCCCCGAGUGGAAGCGGCAGGUGAUGGUGCGCAAGCUGCAGCUCCGCAUGCAGGAGGAAGAGGAGCAGCGGCGCAAGGAGAAGGAGGAGGAGGCGCGCCUGGCCAGCAUGCCGGCCUGGAGGAGGGACAUCCUGCGCAAGAAGCUGGAGGAGGAGAGGGAGCAGAAACGGAAAGAGCAGGAGAAGCUGAAGCGGGAGGAGGAGGAGAAGGAGAAGGAGCAGUCGGAAAAGCUAAGGACUCUCGGGUACGAUGAGACAAAGCUGGCGCCCUGGCAGCGGCAGAUCAUCCUCAAGAAGGGGGACAUAGCCAAGCACUAGCCACGCCACGCCGCGCCCUGGCUCUUCGCGGCGGGAGGAGGCCGGCAGGUCCCGCCACGGACCGGGACGCGCCUCGGCACCCUCCUCCUGCUGCGGACGGCCACGUAACCCGACCCGGAGGAGCCCCCACCGUCGCCCCAGGCACCCGUACCCCCCGUCCCACCGCCGCCAGCCCGCCGCCACCCCGUGCUGCCCUUCGCAAAGCGAGGGGCACCCGGCUCUUUGUGCGCUGCCCGGUUCGACCGCUGCGGCUGGGCUCGCCAUGCCGCCCGGCUUCCCGUGCUCCCCCUGGCACCGCUCGCCGUUGCGGCUGCGGCGCGCUCGCCUCCGCUCCUGCCCCUCCCACCUCCGGAGCUGCUCGAGGCCGGCUCCCG